GCGGCCCGCGUUUCAGUGUAACGGCGGCUUUCCGUGACAAUGGACACGACGCCGGAGCCGUCCUCCUAGUCCCCGCCCAGCAGUGCGUGGCUUCGCGCGGCGAGCGAGAGCGAUCGUGUGAACGCGCGUGAGUGCGAGCGAGAGAGAGACUGAACGAGGCGCAGACGGGUAGAGACCUCUCGUAACGCGAACGUCGUCGUCACGUGCUGCGUGCGUUGUUUUCGUCGUCGUCGUCGUGUCCGUGUGUCGUUUCGCGCGCGCGUGUGUGUGUGUGUAUUUGGUGUGUGCGUGCGCGUGUGUGCCGCACAGCGACCAUCUGUGCGCGCCCCGUCGUCGUUGUCGUCGCGUAUUUCGCGUCUGACGGGGGACCAGAGAGAAAAAAAAAAGAUUUCGGGCCCAGAGGGUGGUGCGUGUGUGUGUAUUUGAACGCACAGGCCGCGCAGGAGGAGGGCGACUGUCGUAUACGAUUUUCGUAGUACUAUUUAUAUAUUAUAACAUAUACAUAAUACAUAUAUAUAUAUAUAUAUAUAUAUAGUAUUAAAUAGUACGAUCUCCUGCACCGCUGCGACCCGCCGGGGUGACCGACGACCAUCACAAGCCGCCGGCAGCAUGCACCACUACCGGACCAGGGAAGACGAGACGCCCUGCGGGGGCGACCCGUACUUCUAUCUCAGGCUUUCGGCGGGCGCUGCCCCCUACAGCCCCCUAGAGCCCAUCAAGCUCGAAGUGGACGUGAAACCCGAACCCCGCAUGACGCCGGUCGACGACUGCAGCUUGAAACGCGUAUCUCCGCUGGCCGACCCGGUUUCCGCGGUAAUGGACACCGCGGCCGUCGUGCCGGACAUCGGUGGUUGCGGCGGCGUUAUCGUGGGCGGUGUGGGUCUCGGUGCCGGUGUCGAUUGCAAAGACGAGGGGGGUGCAACCGGAAUCGGUCUGCUGGCCCUCACGCAGCUCGACGGUUACGGCGGCUACAACAAUAAGUCGUACUGUCACGCGGACGGUGGCACGGUCGACUUGCAGCUGCAACACGACCGCGUCGGUGACGAAAACGACAAAGACCACUGCAAAUAUUCGUACGGCCGACUGAUGUACACGUCGCCCGAAGACGAUAAUAUUAUAAAACAUCAGUAUGGUGGUGAUGAAUUUUCACCAGAUCCAGCUAGAUUUGCUGCUCAAAAACCUGGUUCAUCUGUGUACAAUGCUGAUUCUUAUUACUUAGACAGCACAGGAAAUAAUAGUGAUGUUUGGACAACUAGUGCUACUGCUCAACUUCAGUCUCCUACAACGUAUACAACAUAUACCAACCCACCCAAUUCGCUGCUGACUACGUCUCCAAACAUGACGCCAAACAAUUUUCCACCAACAAACACUAUGCUAACACCAGAAAAUUUGGGCUAUAAUACUAUUGGUCCAAAUGCUAGUAUACCUCCUAGUGGUGUUUCACCUGCUACAGAUGGCCUAGGCACUUCCCCUCUACCACCUAUGUCAAGUUUGCGUGGAGCUCCUCCUUCUGCUCCAAGUCCAAUUGCAGUUACCCCUAGCUCAAUGAUGUACCCAGGACAUAACAGUCCCACUAUUCAAACUCCCGGGGAUACACUUGGCAAAACCCUAGCAUCAAUAUAUCCCACUGACCAGAGUGUCAGCAGUUACAGUUCAAAUCCAUCUACACCUGUAAGUUCACCACCACCUUUGGCACCUUUAGCGCCUGCAAACAGUGCCGGAUCUUGGACCCCUGGCGUAGUACCACCUCAUCCUGGAUCUCCUCAUUUUCCUACUGAUCAUCGCACUAUUCAUUUGGGUAGUCGUAUGGAAGAAAGACUGGACGAUGCCAUAAAUGUUUUACGAAAUCAUGCUGAAAGUCAAGCUUUAAGUUUAGCUGGUGUUCAACAUUCCGCUUCAGGCAUUGUACCAUUGUAUCAUCAACAUUUAGGAAGUCCCCAUUCAGCAACUGCUACAGUAGGAGCUGUUCCAAAUACAUACCAAACACUUUCAACAUGUCAAGACAGUGAUGGGCCAAUCAAAAUUGAAAGACUAAGCAAUAUCAAAAAACGGAAAGAACCUCCAGACAGUUCGGACAUCAAGCCUACUAGCAGUGAUCACUUUUGUUCUAGUGCUGAUGAAGAUAAUGAAGAUCCUUCAACAAAAGCACAUAGAGAGAAAGAACGCAGACAAGCCAAUAAUGUCCGUGAAAGUGUGGACGACGAGAGUGAAGAUCCUGAAUUAAAAGCUCAACGGGAAAAGGAGCGCCGCCAAGCAAAUAACGCUCGAGAAAGAAUUCGAAUUCGUGACAUUAAUGAAGCAUUAAAAGAACUUGGCAGAAUGUGUAUGACACACCUAAAAACCGAUAAACCUCAAACUAAACUGGGUAUUCUCAACAUGGCUGUUGAAGUCAUCAUGUCACUGGAACAACAAGUUCGAGAGAGAAAUCUAAAUCCUAAAGCAGCUUGUCUAAAGAGGAGAGAAGAAGAAAAGGCCGAAGAUAAUGUUGGACCAAAAUUGGGACAUCAUUUAUCGGUAGCACAACACAUGGUUGUCCAAGGACCACAUUUUCCACCCAUGACUUUGCCAAAUAAUCAAGCAGGCUUGCCUCAUAAUGGACCCCAGUAGCGAUGGAGUACAACUUCACCUCAAAUAUUAUGCUCCUAAGUGAUUUGGAGGUGAUGGCAUUAGUUUGCCUUACAUUAAAAUCUCCAUUGAAAUAUUGCCAAGUAUAUUAUAUUAGUGAUAUUUUUUAUUCGUAUGACAUUGUUUUUUUUUAUAUACUUGCAACAUAAAUGAUUUUUUUGCCCUUUGUGAUUAAUACAAGCUAAGCCCGAAGUUUUAUUAGACAUUUAGAUUAUAUAUUUUAAAUGUAAGUCUGAGUUCAGAAUAUUUAUCAGAGUAUAAACAUACAAAGUUCAAAUAUUUUUAUGUUGAAUUCAGUCUAAAAUCAAUACUUAAUUUAUAUACUGAUAUGUCUUAAUUCUCCUCUAAGCCCUUUUCAACAUUAGAAUUGCCAAUUUAAAACCAGUAAAUAAAUCACAAUCAUGCCCAAAAUAUAAUUGCAGUAAGUACAAAUUUGAACUCAAAACAAGUUUCCAAAUUUCUUAUGCAACUAUUAUCUAUUAUGUUGUAUUUUAUUUGCAUUUUAUUAUUGAUCAUAACAAUUCUUAUCAUUGGCGCAACUAAUAAAAAAAAAAAAAUUAUAAUAAAAUAAGCUCUUCUAGGUUAAAACCUUAUUACAUUCCUAUAACCUUUACCAAAUAAUUAUAUACAUAUUAUUUUUAUAACAAUUAACUAACUGCUCUUAUCUAUUUAAAAAUAACAACUAUUUAUGUAUAUAAUAUAUAAAUGCAUUAAAUAUCAACCAUGUGUGUUUGGCUUAAAUCAAAAAACAUGGUACAAAAUUAGUUAUGUGGUUAUAUGAUGGGGUUCCAUGUUUUGCAUAUACUUGAUAAAUUAAAAUAUUUUAAUUCUUGACUUUUCAAAUUAAAUUAGAUUGCUUUUAUAAUAUAUUAUGUUAGUUGUCCAUCAUCUUAAAGAACUACACAUGUAGUGAAUAUUAUACGAUGCUGAGCAUUGGAAAAUCACCUUACCAAGUUGUGCUAAUGAUUAUUAUAAAAUAAUAUUCAAGUUACCGGUUACUUCUUAAGUUUGAGGGUUACAAAUCUAAUCUUAAUUAGUUAGUAGCAUCAUAAAUUAAUCUUAAAAUAAUAACUUCUUUUCUUAGAUUUGCUCUGUCUUCACUAACGGCGUGAUUAUGUAUGAUUUAUUGAAAGUUGAUUUAUAAAUUUAUUAAGUAAUGUAUUUAAUAAAGGUUAUUUUUAAUACACAUGUGUAUUCAUGUGACAAAUACCAAAUUUUUAUUAGUAUAUUAGAAGAAAAAUGUAUGUGUUGAAGCUUUAAUUUUUUUUCU